ACCGAACCGCAUUAAAACGUCGCCGGAACCCUAACCUCGCCGCCACCGACCCUCCUCAAAACCCUAGAGAGAGAGAGAGAGAGAGAGAGAGAGAGAGAGAGAACCCUAGGUAGCGUUCGCGGCUGUUUCUCUCUCUACGCCCUCUCUUUUUCUCUCCUCCAAUCUCUCCUCUCUCCUCCGCCCCCUAUUUCCGAGCUCAGCGAAGAGAGAGAGAGAGAGGCGGAGAUGCCGCGGCCGGAGCUUCAGGCCCCGCCGGAGAUCUUCUACAACGAGUCGGAGGCGCGCAAGUACACCACAUCCUCUCGCAUGAUCGAGAUCCAAGCGAAGAUCUCCGAGAGAGCGCUCGAGCUUCUCGCCCUCCCGAACGAUGGAAUUCCCCGGCUUCUGCUUGAUAUAGGGUGUGGGUCUGGACUUAGUGGUGAGACCUUGUCUGAGCAUGGGCACCACUGGAUUGGUUAUGACAUCUCGCAGUCAAUGCUAGACGUCGCAUUGGAGCGUGAAGCAGAGGGGGAUCUCCUACUUGCUGAUAUGGGCCAGGGAUUAGGCUUGCGGCCAGGAGUUAUUGAUGGCGCAAUCAGUAUUUCAGCUGUUCAGUGGUUAUGCUAUGCUGACAAGUCUUCUCAUGAACCAAGAAUGCGACUGAAGGCAUUCUUUGGAUCAUUGUAUCGAUGCCUAGCGAGGGGCGCAAGAGCAGUUUUACAGCUUUAUGCUGAAAAUAUGGACCAGAGUGAGAUGAUCAUGACUUAUGCCAUGCGUGCUGGAUUCGCUGGUGGUGUGGUAGUUGAUUGGCCUCACAGCUCAAAAGCAAGGAAAGCCUACCUUGUUCUUACUUGUGGUCCGCCAUCUGUGCAAACAUCUCUUCCCAAGGGCAAAGGCGAAAAUGGUGAGCUGUGUAGCGAUGACGAUGAGAGUGAUGGUGAGGAAAGCCAAACGGUUGGCAUCUUCGAGCGCAAUCGGCCGAGGAAGAAGUUUAGGGUGAACAAAAAGGGCAAAGGAAGGGAAUGGGUGUUGAAGAAAAAGGAACAGAUGCGAAGAAAAGGUCAUGCUGUACCCCCAGACACGAAGUACACGGCGCGAAAACGAAAAGCCCACUUCUAACUCUUGUUACAUGCGCGCUUUUACUCGAGUUUUUGGUGCCUAUUCUUAGUUAUGCUCCUUCCCCAAGUUUUGCUUUGUUGUGUGCUUAAACUGGAAGGAUCUCUGUAACAACCUAAAUCAUUUUUGCUGACAUUUGAAUUCUAUUUCAAGAUGUCAUCUCCAAGAAGAACAUCUUAGAAGUGUUGGAUAUGGUUGAUGUGAUGAGAGUAAACAUGUCAAGGCAACUCAAAUAUGGAAAAGCUUGGUUUUGUCCGUAAA